CCCUCUAGAAUAAGAUGUCCACAGGGCCGCCGUUUUUCCUCAGCGACGAGACGCGCUCUCCUUCGCCGCCAUCUCCUCCUUCGCUGGCCAACCUGAGCCCGAGCAUCAUCAUCACGCUCAUGGUCCUCUCCGUCACCAUCAUCGUCACCACCUGCGUCUGCCUCCUCUUCCGUCACCUACAUCGCCUCCCCCUCCCUCCCUGCCUCCUCCACCGCCACCCCUCCCCCUCCUCUCCUCCUCUCCCCACCUCCGCUCCUCCUCCUCCUCCUCCUCUUCAUCAGGACACCGCCCAUAGCGACUCCUUCAUCGACUCGCUCCCUCUCUUCUCCUUCUCCUCGGUGACGCGCCGCUCCUCCGGGGCCGCCGACGGCGACUGCGCUGUCUGCCUCUGCAAGUUCAAGCAGCACGACCUGCUCCGGUUGCUUCCCCUGUGCUGCCACGCCUUCCACGCUGAGUGCAUCGACACGUGGCUCCAGGCUAACCGCACGUGCCCCCUCUGCCGAUCCAACGUCCACGCCUGCGAGGCCGACCUCGAGGCCCUGCUCCAAGCGUCGGCGAGGAUCAACUCCGGCGAUGGCGGAGGAUCAGGGAGCUUCAGGCUCGAGAUCGGCUCCGUGAGCCGGGGCCGAUCCUCCGUCGACGGCGGCGGAGUCGAGUCGCGGCGGUCCUACUCCAUCGGCUCCUUCGACUACGUCGUGGAAGCGGACUCAGAGGUCGCGGUCGCCGGCGAUCGGCGGCACCGGAGGAGCCUCUCGGACAAGGAGGACGGCGCGGCCCAGCCGGCCUUCGGUGUGGACGAGAGCCUCGCCGCGGACGUCGCCGCAGGGAGGAGCUGGCUCGGAGAGUACAUGGAUCGGCUCUCGGCGACGCUCUCUUCGCGGACCGCAUCCUUCCGGAGCUCGAGGAGGUUCUUCACGGGCAGCAGCCGCCGGAGCGAGGUCUCCGGCGUCGGCGAGUGGGACCUGGAGGCGAGCCGUGUGGGCGAAGAAAUCAGCGAGCUCUUCCGAUGGGUCUCAGGGGUGUAACCGGAGCUCAUGUAGCAAAACCGGGCGCGGCGAUAGCAGAAACGGAGCCAGAGGGGCUCGUGACUCACGCGAGCUCCGCCCCUAUCGCCGGGGGACCAAUUAAUUCUUUUUUUAAAUAUUUUUUCUUGUCAAUAUGACUCUCCUUUUUUUUCCCUCUAUAAAAAUUUCCUACGAAGGGCCGAGAUCCACUCCCUGUAGAGUUCGGACGGCCGAGAUCAGAUAUAGAAGACAUGACGUGGCACUACUUACUGUCGCUGGAAU